AAACGAGCUUUUGCAUUGGAACAGUAACACAUCAUGGGUAGAGUUAUUCGUAAUCAAAGAAAAGGUGCUGGUUCGAUCUUUACCGCCCACACCAAGGGUAGAAAAGGUGCCGCUAAAUUGAGAACCUUGGACUAUGCUGAACGUCACGGAUACAUUCGUGGUGUCGUCAAGCAAAUCAUCCACGACCCCGGUAGAGGUGCUCCAUUAGCUAAGGUGGCCUUCAGAGAUCCUUACAAGUACAAGUUGAGAGAAGAAACCUUCAUUGCCAACGAAGGUGUCUACACUGGACAAUUUAUCUACGCCGGUAAGAAGGCCUCUUUAAAUGUUGGUAACAUUUUACCUUUAGGUUCUAUGCCCGAAGGUACCAUUGUUUCUAAUGUCGAAGAAAAGGUUGGAGACAGAGGUGCUUUAGGUAGAACUUCUGGUAACUACGUUAUCAUUAUCGGACACAAUGCAGAUGAAGGUAAGACCAGAGUCAAGUUACCAUCUGGUGCUAAAAAGGUGUUGAACUCCGAUGCCAGAGGUGUUAUUGGUGUUGUUGCUGGAGGAGGAAGAAUCGACAAGCCAUUGUUGAAGGCUGGUAGAGCUUUCCACAAAUACAAGGUCAAGAGAAACUCGUGGCCAAAGACCAGAGGUGUGGCCAUGAACCCAGUUGAUCACCCUCACGGUGGUGGUAACCAUCAACAUAUUGGUAAGGCUUCUACUAUUUCUAGAGGUGCUGUUCCAGGUCAAAAGGCUGGUUUGAUUGCUGCCAGAAGAACCGGUUUGUUACGUGGUUCUCAAAAGACUCAAGAUUAAAUUAUUUAUUGAUCAAUUCAAUUUGUAUAAAUAUAAUGAAUAAAUAGUUUUUUUAUGGGUGACGUUAUCUGUUGAAUACAUACUAAUACUAAGACUAGGCGGUGGCGGUGAAGGUGGUGGUUGCAACCGUUGCUUCGCCCACGCUAGCACCAACGGGACCAACGCUAGUACCACAACCUUCACCAGAAACGGUCUCAUCAGACUCAACGGCAGUGGCCUCAGUGAUGGUCGCUGAGGUCUCAACCACAGUGGUGCCUGAAGACACCCCUUGCUCUCCUUCAACUUCCCUGGUUCCAACGCUUACGCUCCCACCGGCUGGAACUUCCAAGGAUUCUUCUGGCGCUUCUGGCUCUGGCUCUUCACCCUCGACCAGCUUCUCGGCCAAUGCCUCCUUUCGCUUCUGGUCUGCCGCCUUGACCUUUCUAACCUUGGGCAUGAACGCUGCCUUCAACUCAACUUUCUUCCCAUUUAAUGCCUUGCCCUUCAAGGACCCAAUGACCUCUUCCAACAACUUCUCGGUCUUCAAACUAACCAACGCACUCUUGUGGUUUCUGGAAAAUAAACCUCUUUUUUUGGCCCGUUCGGUGAACACAAAUACCUCCUGGGGAGAGUAGUCCUGGAAAAACUCUCUAAUCUGGUUAUCGGUCGAGUCAGCUUUGAUCUUGACAAUAUAGACCGUAUCAGUACUCACCUCUGGUGGUCCAUAGGUGGGUUCCCGGGAAGUUUGAGUCAAACGGUCGUCAGCUUGAUCAACUUCGACAGACUUCUCUUCUUCCUUUUGUUCUCCGUCCUUCUUGACAGUCAUCCGUCUCCGUGGCUUGGGGACAAAUGGAACAUGUAACUUGGCCGAGAUAGUACGGCCUCUAAAUUUGAUUCCAUGAAUCAAUUUAACUGCUUUCUUAGCCUCGUCGGCAUCGACAAACUCGACAAUGGCGACUCCCAAGGGCCGUCUCUUAUCGGUACGAUAAGCAACGGUGUAGUUUAGAAUAAUCACCUUUUUUCUGUAAGGAAAAUACUCGUUAGAUUGGGUUACACAUCACAAUUUGUGAAUCGGGUAGAACUUACAAUUUAAACUCGCUUAAAAAAGCGGUAAGCUCCUCUUCGGUGCCAUAGUAGUCGACAUUCUUGAUCUGGACGAUAUUAUCGGUAGACAUCUCUAUACGGUGUAAAUAAUCAGGGUUCUUUCAGAUAACAAAACGGGUGUGUUUGUGGUU